UCUCGUAACACGAAGUAAGCGCAUCGAGAGAACAUACCAGCAUCGCAAAAAAAAAAAAACGGCAACAAUACAUCACGAUCAAAGGCGCACUUGUCGCGUUUACAUGGCCUUUUUAAUUAUGAAUGGAUGCGCACGUGCGUAGGCGCAUGUCUUCUGAUCUCUUUAUUGUACAACUAUUACAUGCAGUAUCAGGCAGAAGUCAAGGCGUGCGUUUGUUCAGAAAAAUUUUACUAUCUUGCCUACAAAAUAUUUCGUAUCGUUUACCGAAGGGUUUUAAUGUAAUCAGCACACGUUCGCAAAACGUCGAUUAGCAAAAAGCUAACAGAAAUGGAAGACAUUCACGUGACAAAACACGACAACUUUCCAUCGAUAGAGCACACCUUGCGUCCAAUAUCUUACACGUCUUGGUUAAUGGGCGUGGGGAUUGCACAUCCGCUAAAGUGUCCAAAGUUUGUGACGAUAGUCAUACGUAUCAUACACCUGGUUAUGUGUACAGUGUUCCUAACAAUUUUCAUCCGUGAGAAUGUUUUGACUUUAUCCAUGAAUACAAUAAUACACUUUGGCUGGGUUAUAGUGGAGAUGACAUACUUCGUGGCGGCAUAUUAUUACAUUUAUCACGGAAUCAGGCAGUAUGACACGUGGUCAGAGCUGAUGGAUAAAAUGAAGGAGCUCGAUCGAAAGAUCAGGAAAGAAACACAUAUGAAUGAUCAACCAGUAAAAAUCAUGAAAGCAGUAGCGAUUCUUAUGACUUUUGUGUGUUGCCCUUUGAUCCCGAUGGUGUUCUCCUUAUGUGACUUUAUGAGUUCAUAUGGCGAUAGAGUGAUAGAGAGUCUUUCUUCUUAUUACAUGAUGGCACAGUCGACCAUCUACAGCUUCUUCUUUGGUGUUGUUGUCUAUGUAAUGUAUUACAGAUAUCAAACGGUAAAUAAAAUGUUUGGCCAUUUGGAUAAGCUAUCUGAUGCACCAUUGAUUGCGCUCAAGAUUAGACGCAUCAGAGAAUUGCAUAAUGAUAUUUGUGAUCUAGUUAUGGUGAUAAACAAUAUUCAUAGUCUUUAUUUUCUUCUCUGUUCGGCAAAUUGCUUCGCUAUUGCAACGGCCGGACUAUGCUAUGGCUACGUAUAUUUCACAAAUGAAUUUUAUGUGAGUGCAUUGUUACAUUCCAUAUUUCCGAUUUCUGUUGUGUACACCAUGCAAUUUGGACUAAUUUGUUGGAUUUGCAAACUCGCGCGUCAAGAAUUUGACAAAACCAAGAUAAUUAUGUGUGCAAUUGCAUUGAAAUAUCAAUCUAUGAAUUUUGACAAACUGAACGAUACAAGGAAUAAAUCGAGUUUAGAAGUACGACUGUCAUUGGAAGAUGCGGACAGCGGGCGAAAUUUUAAUCAGAGUAACAGUCACGAUUGGAAUUACGUUAUCAUGGAAAAUCUUUUGUGUAAAAUUAUGACUCAAGACCAUGUCAAUACCGAAAUUAAUGGCUUUUUGAUUCAACUGCAACAUCGUCGAGUAUUGUUUAAGGCCUGCGAUUUCUUUGAAAUGAACAAUAAUCUGUUCUGUGGUUUUGUCGGAGUAAUCUUCACAUAUUUGAUAAUCUUUAUUCAAUUUGCUUCUGAACCCAAAGAUCUAAACGAAAACAGAACGUAACUGGUAGUUUAUUAAUAGUAUACAUAUAUAAAUAUUAUCUAUUAAAAGAAGUUGUAGUAUUUAUAUAUAGUUGUAAUAUUUUGUUUAUUUUCAAUACAUAUACUUCGUAUUAAUAAACGUGUAUUGUCUUAUAUAAAAGAAAUCACGACAAAUUUUUCUUUGUACUAAAUUAAAAGAACGUUUACUGAUUUAUGUAAAAAUCUUAUUUAUGUAAAAAAUCUUAGUAGACAUACGAUAUAAAAUAAU